AUGGAACAACAAGUUGUUAGGUUGUGUUUCUCCGUGUUGAUUCUGGCCAAGACUUUAAUUAGUAGCCCAGUACCAACGAUCUUAGAUACAGAUAUCGGUACGGAUUAUGAUGACCAGAUGGCUUUAAGUUUCAUACUUUCCAAUCCCGAUGGAUUUGAUUUGAAAUUAGUUGUGUGCUCAACGUUUAAUACGACAGCACGCGCUCAGAUUGUAGCGAAAACAUUGGCUAUCUAUGGUCGUUAUAAUGUUCCGAUAGCCAUCGGUCGAAAUACAGGUGUAAGUACUAUGGGUGAAUAUGAAUGGGCACAAAACUAUACACUUGAGCAGUUCAAAAACGAAGGAGGAACUGUGUACGAAAAUGGUGAAGAUGCUCUAUACAAUGAAUUACAAAAGGCAACACCGGAUAAUAUCUAUCAUCUAAUCGAAAUAUCACCAGAAACUUCAGUAGGUGAUGUUUUACAACGUUUAAAACCUGAAAUAACAAAAAAUAUCCGUCUAUUUGCUAUGGCUGGAUCGAUUUAUCGAGGUUACGGAAAUUCAAGUCAACCAUCCAAGGAAUACAAUGUUUAUAUAGAUAUUCCUGCUGCUAAAGCCAUGUUUAACGCAUCAUGGGCUUAUUUUGGGUUGGCGCCAUUGGAUACGACGAUCUUCCUGCAAUUUAACGGACCUGUAUGGCAACAGUUUCUUUCCUAUAGGAAUAAAAAUAAACACGUUCAAUUAAUUCUCGAUUCAUAUACAACCUGGUAUAAUAAUGGAGGGAAAGGAGCUGGUGCUCUGCAACCGUUCAGUCCUGAUAUUGGCACAAGUACUAUGUAUGAUGUUUUAGCAGCUAUUCUAAGUUUAUAUUAUCCGAAGACGAUCACGAUGAUAUCGAGACAAUUACCGUUAGUAGUGACCGAUGAUGGCUAUACCCGAAUCAAUGCUACACAAGGACAGCCAGUUCAAUCGGCAGUGUCGUUUCAAAGUGAAAACCCAUACAAUUCCACAUCAAUGCUUGCCGUGGUCGCUCUAUAUUCGAUUAUAUUUUCUUAA